GCCAAUCAACCUACCACAGAAGGACCAACUACGCAAGCCAAUCAACCAACGACAGAAGGACCAACUACGCAAGCCAAUCAACCAACCACAGAGGGGCCAACUACGCAAGCCAAUCAACCAACCACAGUAGGACCAACUAUGCAAGCCAAUCAGCCAACCACAGACGGGCCAACUACGCAAGCCAAUCAACCAACCACAGAAGGACCAACUACGCAAGCCAAUCAACCAACCACAGACGGGCCAACUACGCAAGCCAAUCAACCAACCACAGAAGGACCAACUACGCAAGCCAAUCAACCAACCACAGACGGGCCAACUACACAAGCAAAUCAACCAACCACAGAAGGACCAACUACGCAAGCCAAUCAACCAACCACAGACGGGCCAACUACGCAAGCCAAUCAACCAACCACAGAAGGACCAACUACGCAAGCCAAUCAACCAACCACAGACGGGCCAACUACGCAAGCAAAUCAACCAACCACAGAUCUAGAGGGACCAACUACACAAGGACCAAUGUCAGCCACAACAAUGCAGUCAUCAACACCAGGUCUGAGAUCAGUCACCAUUGUACUGAGUAUUGUAGGAGUAAAUAACACCGCUCUCAACUCCUCAGACUACACUGAUCCUAACUCUGCAGCUUCUAUGGAGUUGGCAGAACUGGUGGCCAGAGUGAUUGCAAGUGUACUUGGAGAGAAUGCGACAACAAGCGAUGUGGAAUCUGUCAGUGGUGCGAUUUCAUUUGGACCAGAUGGUGUAGUUUUCACAGGAGAUGUAUUCGUCCCAGUGGAUUCACCUGUAACUCCUGAAACCAUCAUGGAAGUCUUAUCCAAUCAAGCUGCUGCAGCACCCUUAACUGAUGGACAGAGUACUCUGGAUGUGGACCCUGCAGUUACUGCUAUGGAUGAAGAUAAUUGUGAUCCCAACCCUUGUAUGAAUGGAGGUAGUUGCGCGGAUGGCAUCAAUAGCUACGUCUGCACUUGUGUAGAAGGAUUUACAGGAAAUGACUGUGAAACUGGUCUGAGAUCAGUCACCAUUGUCCUGAAUGUCAGAGGAGUAAAUGGCACCGCCCUCAUCUCCUCAGACUUCACCGAUCCCAACUCUGCAGCUUCGAUGGAGUUGGCGGAACUAGUGGCCAGAGUGAUUGCAAGUGUACUUGGAGAGAAUGCGACAACAAGCGAUGUUGAAUCUGUCAGCGGUGCAAUUUCCAUUGGACCAGAUGGUGUAGUUUUCACAGGUGAUGUAUUCGUCCCAGUGGAUUCGCCUGUAACUGCUGACACCAUCAUGGAAGUCUUAUCCAAUCAAGCUGCUCCAGGACCUCUAACUGAUGGACAGAGUACUCUGGAUGUGGACCCUGCAGUUACUGCUAUGGAUGAAGAUAAUUGUGAUCCCAAUCCUUGUAUGAAUGGAGGUAGUUGCACGGAUGGUGUCAAUAGCUACGUCUGCACUUGUGCAGAGGGAUUCACAGGAAGCGACUGUGAAAUAGGGCUGAGAUCAGUAACCAUUGUACUGAAUGUCAGAGGAGUAAAUGGCACUGCCCUGGUCUCAUCAGACUUCGCCGAUCCCAACUCUGCAGCUUCGAUGGAGUUGGCGGAACUGGUGGCCAGAGUGAUUGCAAGUGUACUUGGAGAGAAUGCCACAACUAGCGACGUUGAAUCUGUUAUUGGUGGGAUAUCUGUUGGACCAGAUGGUGUAGUUUUCACAGGUGAUGUAUUCGUCCCAGUGGAUUCGCCUGUAACUGCUGAAACCAUCAUGGAAGUCUUAUCCAAUCAAGCUGUUGCAGCACCCUUAACUGAUGGACAGAGUACUCUGGAUGUGGACCCUGCAGUUACUGCUAUGGAUGAAGAUAAUUGUGAUCCCAACCCUUGCAUGAAUGGAGGUAGUUGCGUGGAUGGUGUCAAUAGCUACGUCUGUACUUGUGUAGAGGGAUUCACAGGAAGCGACUGUGAAAUAGGUUUGAGAUCAGUCACCAUUGUCCUGAAUGUCAGAGGAGUAAAUGGCACCGCCCUCAUCUCCUCAGACUUCACGGAUCCCAACUCUGCAGCUUCGAUGGAGUUGGCAGAACUGGUGGCCAGAGUGAUUGCAAGUGUACUUGGAGAGAAUGCCACAACUAGCGACGUUGAAUCUGUUAUUGGUGGGAUAUCCGUUGGACCAGAUGGUGUAGUUUUCACAGGUGAUGUAUUCGUCCCAGUGGAUUCGCCUGUAACUGCGGAAACCAUCAUGGAAGUCUUAUCCAAUCAAGCUGCUGCAGCACCCUUAACUGAUGGACAGAGUACUCUGAAUGUGGACCCUGCAGUUACUGCUAGGGAUGAAGAUAAUUGUGAUCCCAACCCUUGUAUGAAUGGAGGUAGUUGCACGGAUGGUGUCAAUAGCUACGUCUGUACUUGUGUAGAAGGAUUCACUGGAAACGACUGUGAAAUAGGUCUGAGAUCAGUCACCAUUGUCCUGAAUGUCAGAGGAGUAAAUGGCACCGCCCUGGUCUCCUCAGACUUCACCGAUCCCAACUCUGCAGCUUCGAUGGAGUUGGCAGAACUGGUGGCCAGAGUGAUUGCAAGUGUACUUGGAGAGAAUGCCACGACUAGCGACGUUGAAUCUGUUAUUGGUGGGAUAUCUGUUGGACCAGAUGUUGUAGUUUUCACAGGUGAUGUAUUCGUCCCAGUGGAUUCGCCUGUAACUGCUGAAACCAUCAUGGAAGUCUUAUCCAAUCAAGCUGCUGCAGCACCCUUAACUGAUGGACAGAGUACGCUGGAUGUGGACCCUGCAGUUACUGCUAUGGAUGAAGAUAAUUGUGAUCCCAACCCUUGUAUGAAUGGAGGUAGUUGCACGGAUGGUGUCAACAGCUACGUCUGUACUUGUGUAGAGGGAUUCACUGGAAACGACUGUGAAAUAGGUCUGAGAUCAGUAACCAUUGUCCUGAAUGUCAGAGGAGUAAAUGGCACCGCCCUGGUCUCCUCGGACUUCACCGAUCCCAACUCUGCAGCUUCGAUGGAGUUGGCGGAACUGGUGGCCAGAGUGAUUGCAAGUGUACUUGGAGAGAAUGCCACAACUAGCGAUGUUGAAUCUGUUAUUGGUGGGAUAUUUAUUGGACCAGAUGGUGUAGUUUUCACAGGUGAUGUAUUCGUCCCAGUGGAUUCGCCUGUAACUGCUGAAACCAUCAUGGAAGUCUUAUCCAAUCAAGCUGCUGCAGCACCCUUAACUGAUGGACAGAGUACUCUGGAUGUGGACCCUGCAGUUACUGCUAUGGAUGAAGAUAAUUGUGAUCCCAACCCUUGUAUGAAUGGAGGUAGUUGCACGGAUGGUGUCAACAGCUACGUCUGCACUUGUGCAGAGGGAUUCACUGGAAACGACUGUGAAAUAGGUCUGAGAUCAGUAACCAUUGUCCUGAAUGUCAGAGAAGUAAAUGGCACUGUCCUCAUCUCAUCAGACUUCACCGAUCCCAACUCUGCAGCUUCGAUGGAGUUGGCAGAACUGGUGGCCAGAGUGAUUGCAAGUGUACUUGGAGAGAAUGCCACAACUAGCGACGUUGAAUCUGUUAUUGGUGGGAUAUCUGUUGGACCUGAUGGUGUAGUUUUCACAGGUGAUGUAUUUGUUCCAGUGGAUUCGCCUGUAACUGCUGAAACCAUCAUGGAAGUCUUAUCCAAUCAAGCUGCUGCAGCACCCUUAACUGAUGGACAGAGUACUCUGAAUGUGGACCCUGCAGUUACCGCUAUGGAUGAAGAUAAUUGUGAUCCCAACCCUUGCAUGAAUGGAGGUAGUUGCACGGAUGGUGUCAACAGCUACGUCUGCACUUGUGUAGAGGGAUUCACUGGAAACGACUGUGAAAUAGGUCUGAGAUCAGUAACCAUUGUCCUGAAUGUCAGAGGAGUAAAUGGCACUGCCCUGGUCUUCUCAGACUUCACCGAUCCCAACUCUGCAGCUUCGAUGGAGUUGGCGGAACUGGUGGCCAGAGUGAUUGCAAGCGUGCUUGGAGAGAAUGCCACGACAAGUGAUGUUGAAUCGGUCAGUGGUGCGAUUUCCAUUGGACCAGAUGGUGUAGUUUUCACAGGUGAUGUAUUCGUCCCAGUGGAUUCGCCUGUAACUGCCGAAACCAUCAUGGAAGUCUUAUCCAAUCAAGCUGCUGCAGGACCCUUAACUGAUGGACAGAGUACUCUGGAUGUGGACCCUGCAGUUACUGCUAUGGAUGAAGAUAAUUGUGAUCCCAACCCUUGUAUGAAUGGAGGUAGUUGCGCGGAUGGUGUCAAUAGCUACGUCUGUACUUGUGUAGAAGGAUUCACAGGAAGCGACUGUGAAAUAGGUCUGAGAUCAGUAACCAUUGUCCUGAAUGUCAGAGGAGUAAAUGGCACCGCCCUUAUCUCCUCAGACUUCACCGAUCCCAACUCUGCAGCUUCGAUGGAGUUGGCGGAACUGGUGGCCAGAGUGAUUGCAAGUGUACUUGGAGAGAAUGCCACAACUAGCGACGUUGAAUCUGUUAUUGGUGGGAUAUCUGUUGGACCAGAUGGUGUAGUUUUCACAGGUGAUGUAUUUGUUCCAGUGGAUUCGCCUGUAACUGCUGAAACCAUCAUGGAAGUCUUAUCCAAUCAAGCUGCUGCAGCACCCUUAACUGAUGGACAGAGUACUCUGAAUGUGGACCCUGCAGUUACCGCUAUGGAUGAAGAUAAUUGUGAUCCCAACCCUUGCAUGAAUGGAGGUAGUUGCACGGAUGGUGUCAACAGCUACGUCUGCACUUGUGUAGAGGGAUUCACUGGAAACGACUGUGAAAUAGGUCUGAGAUCAGUAACCAUUGUCCUGAAUGUCAGAGGAGUAAAUGGCACUGCCCUGGUCUUCUCAGACUUCACCGAUCCCAACUCUGCAGCUUCGAUGGAGUUGGCGGAACUGGUGGCCAGAGUGAUUGCAAGCGUGCUUGGAGAGAAUGCCACGACAAGUGAUGUUGAAUCGGUCAGUGGUGCGAUUUCCAUUGGACCAGAUGGUGUAGUUUUCACAGGUGAUGUAUUCGUCCCAGUGGAUUCGCCUGUAACUGCCGAAACCAUCAUGGAAGUCUUAUCCAAUCAAGCUGCUGCAGGACCCUUAACUGAUGGACAGAGUACUCUGGAUGUGGACCCUGCAGUUACUGCUAUGGAUGAAGAUAAUUGUGAUCCCAACCCUUGUAUGAAUGGAGGUAGUUGCGCGGAUGGUGUCAAUAGCUACGUCUGUACUUGUGUAGAAGGAUUCACAGGAAGCGACUGUGAAAUAGGUCUGAGAUCAGUAACCAUUGUCCUGAAUGUCAGAGGAGUAAAUGGCACCGCCCUUAUCUCCUCAGACUUCACCGAUCCCAACUCUGCAGCUUCGAUGGAGUUGGCGGAACUGGUGGCCAGAGUGAUUGCAAGUGUACUUGGAGAGAAUGCCACAACUAGCGACGUUGAAUCUGUUAUUGGUGGGAUAUCUGUUGGACCAGAUGGUGUAGUUUUCACAGGUGAUGUAUUCGUCCCAGUGGAUUCGCCUGUAACUGCUGAAACCAUCAUGGAAGUCUUAUCCAAUCAAGCUGCUGCAGCACCCUUAACUGAUGGACAGAGUACUCUGGAUGUGGACCCUGCAGUUACUGCUAUGGAUGAAGAUAAUUGUGAUCCCAACCCUUGUAUGAAUGGAGGUAGUUGCACGGAUGGUGUCAAUAGCUACGUCUGUACUUGUGCAGAGGGAUUCACAGGAAGCGACUGCGAAAUAGGUCUCAGAUCAGUCACCAUUGUCCUGAAUGUCAGAGGAGUAAAUGGCACUGCCCUGGUCUCCUCAGACUUCACCGAUCCCAACUCUGCAGCUUCGAUGGAGUUGGCAGAACUGGUGGCCAGAGUGAUUGCAAGUGUACUUGGAGAGAACGCAACAACCAGUGACGUUGAAUCUGUUAUUGGUGGGAUAUCUGUUGGACCAGAUGGUGUAGUUUUCACAGGUGACGUAUUAGUCCCAGUGGAUUCGCCUGUAACUGCUGAAACCAUCAUGGAAGUCUUAUCCAAUCAAGCUGCUGCAGCACCCUUAACUGAUGGACAGAGUAUUCUUGAUGUGGACCCUGCAGUAACUGCAAGGGAUAACUGUGAUCCCAACCCUUGUAUGAAUGGAGGAUCUUGUGAGGAUGGCACCAAUAGCUACGUCUGCACUUGUGUAGAGGGAUUCACCGGAAACGACUGUGAAAUAGAUAUUGAUGAUUGUGAUCCCGACCCUUGCAUGAAUGGGGGAGCCUGUCAGAACGGCGUGAACAGCUACACCUGUACUUGUGUAGAAGGUUUCACAGGAAGCGACUGUGAGACAGACAUCGACGAUUGUAAUCCAAACCCUUGCUUGAGCGGGGAAACCUGUGAAGACGGUAUCAAUCGUUUCACCUGCACCUGCAUUCAAAGAAAUUGUCAGACAGAUCCUUGUGUAUUGAAUCCUGGCCGCUGUGCAGCGACACCUGGCCAGUACUGCCUGCCAGUCCCCUUCAGUGAACUCCCUGCUAGACACAGGUGUGCCUGUCGGGAACUCGACGGAUAUUUCUGGGACAGUUCUGCAAACCGCUGCAGCCAAAACGGAUUCCGAGCAGUAAUGAUAGAAAUGAAUGUUGAAGGGAUCAACGGGACUGCAUUAGGUUUAGACGACAUCAAUACACCUGGGUUGUUGGCAGUGGUGGCUAAAGUGAUUCAAUCUGAGCUGGGACUUAUGCCAGCAACAAGCGACAUAAACCAAGUCCAUCCAGUCCAGUUGGUUGUAAGAGACGGCAGAGUGAUGUUCAUGGGCGUCGUCCAGGUCCCAGCAGAGUCGACCAUCACCGCACGAGUCAUCGAGUCGAUGUUGUCGACACUGGCAUCAUCGAGAGCACUAACAGAUGGACAGACCACACUGAAUGUGGACCCUCAAGUUACUGCUAUGGUCUCCACAACUGCUUGCCCGCCCAACUUCUGUCAGAACGGAGGGACGUGUGAUGUCUCUGGCAAUUAUCCAGCCUUGGAUUAUACAUGCAGAUGUGCCACCGCAUUCACGGGCUCCAACUGCGAGUCAGUUAUUCCUGUUCCUACAGAGAAACCAGUUACUUUUGCCCCAACCAUGGCGCCAGGUGACUCCAUGUCACUGUUGACGGCUGUGCUGAUUCUGCUGGCCGUGAUAGCCCUGUUGCUGGUUCUGUCCUGCCUCUGUUGUUUCUUGGCCCUCCGACUACGAAGACGGCGGCGUAGGUAUCCGGUGUAUGAGCGGCGAGUCAUGUACGCGUACUUCAAUCCCGUUGCAGGGAGGACAAUGAAGCGGCCCGAGUUUGUCACGCCCUACGUAGCGAGCGGCCAGGAAGCUAGAAACUACUAUGACCAGAGGGCUUUUGAAGGGCGGUAUCCAGUUGCUGGCCGCGUUGUCAAAAACCCCAUCCUAGCAGAAGCAUGAGUCUCUGCAUCUCUACAAUUCUUCGCUGUAAUUAAAAGGAAAUCGGUAGAUCUCUUUCUUUAUCAAAUUUAAAAUGUCCUUCUUUAACUUGAUCAUUUUGAUGUACAUCCAUCGUAGAACUGUACUUUCGCCACCAGCUUAACCCUAAAAGGGCCGGGUUAUUUUGACCAUCUCUCAGCUGGGGGAGGGGGCGGAAUCCUAAGAUCUUGGCCAUCGAUUAUCGAAAACAUUUGAAACUCAGUACAUGCAUAGAGCAACUCUUCCUUAACAUACCCAAGAAAUUUCAUAACUAUAGGUCAAAGGGUUUUGGAAUUAUGGGUAAUUAAUUAUUCAUAUGUACGAAUGACAAUUCUGCUCUGAGUACACGACGUAUAUCGGAAAAUUCAGUUUUCACGGCGCGUAGCGCCAGAAAAUUUUGCGCUACGCGGCAACCCGUGGUCCGAUUUUUAUGUUUUUGGUAUCAAAAGAUGCGCAAAGCUCGAGGCUAAAAAGUCAUAACAGCUAUUUAUAAAUUUUUUUAGAGGCUAUCGUGAAAAAUGUUGAGGGUUAAACUGCUUUAACUACAGCAACACUUCCAAGACAGUUUGGUAUUUGUAUUUAUAAGUUAUAAACCUAGCUGCACUUCUUUUCUAUUCUGUUCUUUGUUCCGUCAAGUUUCAACUACAAGAGCCUUCACUAGCAGAUUGCACAUUUUGUAUAUUAAGGUUGAAGACUUUGUACAAAUUAGAGAAUAUAGGAUUAUACAAAUUGAGCAAUGGGCCAAACAGCAAUAUACAUGUACUGUGUAUCUGGGCCGAAUUUCAUGGCUUUGCUUACCAAAGAAUCCGUGCUUGCGAUCACCAUUUAGCGCUGUCCGCACUAGCAGAAAACUUCUGUGCUAACCCUGUAAGCACAGAAUCCUUAGUUACAAAAUGCACGCGUGCGCAGGAUCAAAAAUUCCUCGCUGACCCGUGAAAUACGCUAAGCAGGGAAUAUUCCGCUCUAGUAAGCAGGGAUUUUUCGCUGCCGGUCAGCAGAGCCAAGAAAUCAGGCCCCAGUUACCCACCAACCCUAAAAUUGGGGUUGACAUUUGACAUUUUUGAAAAACAUAAAAAAAAUUAUAGCGUGAAGCUUGAUUGAGAGCUAAUGUGAUUGUUGCAUAAUUUCGGGCUUUGCAAUGACAAGCUGGAAAACAUUCUUAGAGUUACAGCCAAAUCUUCCUCUAAGCUGGAGAAACCUUCCUCAAAGCUGGAGAAUAUUGGCACAGUUUACCAGCCUCUCGUAUAAAUAUUUAUUUACUCUAUAUUAAUAGAACCUAAACAGUAAAAUGCAUAUUUUGCAACUUUGAGUCUAAUUUUGUAUAUUUUUUGAGUGUGUAAUUUCUUAUAUAUUUUUUUUGGAAAAACUUAAUGUAAUAAAUAUGGUUUAUUUGAUUUGUGAGACUAAGUCAAGUUUAAGGCAUUCUGAUAUGACUUCAAGUUUGAUUUCAUUAAUGCCAAACAUAGUCUUAAUUAAAGUCAAACUUUGGGUUUAUUGAAAAACAAUAUAGUCAUUACAUUACAGUAAUAUUUUUGGUGUCCAAAAUGCUUUGGUCGAAAAUGCUUUCUUUGUUGCUUAUUGCGCCCUUAUUCCUCAGGAAUGGGGAUGAUGUAGCCCCUUCCCCAAAUUUGCUAACCUUUGUGAUCAAUUACAAAGAAAAUGCGGAAUAACUAAAUUUGAAAAAUUAGGAGCAAUUUAAAAAAAACACCCAGUUUUCUCCAAUGCUGGUCGGCCGUCCAGCAUUGGAAAAAUACAAUUUUUCUUGAAAAUUUCAGCACACCAGGAGCUACGAAUUUACAGGAUGCUUUUGACUGUCGAUACCCUAAUAAUCCAUUAUAGGUAUGUCGUGAUAAUGAGAUCGUUUCGUUUAUUGAUGUUUGCAAAUGUUGUAUCUUCCCUUUAAAGGCAGAGUGUUAAAUCCAAUAUACAUGUAAAACUUUUGUUUAUCUAGACGGCAAAACUGAAUAUGGAGUUUGAACAAUAUAUAAGGAGUGGUAGGUGAAAUGAAUUAAAACAAUACA